AGAGGCAGCCAAGCCGAGGCACUACCUGAGGAACAGGCUGGAGGACCCCCUGCUGCAGAGGAACUAGUAUUCAUGGGGGCUGAAUGAAAUCCUCAUGAUCAUUACAUACUUGCUCGAUAAUAGUAUACCCUGGUCACGUCUCCUUGCAAGUGCAUUUCGCUGGAAUCACUGAGCAGAAGCAGAGAAGAGCUGAUGACUAUGUGCUGCCGAAGCAGGUUGCGGGAGCCCUGUAUUUUCCACUGGCUGCAGUUUUCUGUUUUAUUUGCAGCUUCUCCCAUCUGGAAUAUCAAAGUGGGAUUGAAGUAGAUAAUUGUUAGCAGCAGGUUUGAGAGAGACUGGGGAACAGAAUGCCUCUCACACAGCACAAACUGCUCCGUCUGAAAGAGCUGUGAAUAGAUUUUUAGAUGUUACCUACAUCUAAUGCUCCUGGAAACUUUACAGUGGAAAUGAGCCAUUGCGCCCAGUUCUUUAGUUAACAACCAAAAGGGGCAAGAAGGGGGCAGCAGGGCUGAACAAUGGGACACCUUGUCCUUGGAUUUCUCACAGGAAAGCUAGCAAAUGUUUCCCACUGCCUUCCAGUGAAAAGAGCGUGAAUGCUACAAUGAACUGAAUUUUACCCAACGGAGCUCAAGUAAGCUUUUUCCACAAGGAUGGGAUACAGUGACCCCUCGUCAAGCAGGGAUUUGCUGGGGAACAGAACUUUGUUCUUCAUUUUCAUCUGUGCUUUUGCCGUGGUCACUUUGCUGCAGCAGAUCCUGUAUGGGAGAAACUAUCUCAAGAGAGGGCUGCAGUUUAGCUGGCAGAGUGGAGAGGAACUGGCAAAUUGGACCGGGACCUUUAAUUUCACGGAUGAUGGAGCAGUGAAGAGUGGCAGUGACACAGGCACCAGGUACUUUGAGUUUUACGAAGGGCCUUUUGAAUACAACUCCACCAAAUGCCUGGAAUUAAGACAGGAUAUCAUUGAGGUGAAAGUGCUCUCUAUGGUGAAGCAAACUGAAUUGUUUGACAGAUGGAAGAGCCUACAGAUGUGCAAAUGGGAGAUGAAUGUGACAGAAGCCAACCUAUUCAAGUCAACGUUGUCAAGAUGUUGCAAUGCUCCUGCCUUUCUGUUCACCACACAGAAAAAUACACCCCUGGGAACUAAAUUGAAAUAUGAAGUGGAUACUAGUGGAACCUUCCAUAUCAAUCAAGAAAUCUUCAGAAUGUUUCCAAAGGAUAUGCCGUACUAUCGCUCCCAAUUUAAGAAAUGUGCUGUGGUUGGGAAUGGAGGGAUUCUGAAGAACAGCAGAUGUGGACGGGAAAUUGACAGUGCAGAUUUCGUAUUUCGAUGCAAUUUACCUCCUAUAUCUGAGAAAUAUAUCGUGGACGUUGGUGUAAAGACAGACAUUGUGACAGUCAAUCCCAGCAUUAUUACUGAAAGAUUCCAUAAACUGGAGAAAUGGAGGAAACCUUUUUAUGAUGUGCUACAGGUUUAUGAAAAUGCAUCGGUGCUGCUGCCUGCUUUCUACAACACCCGCAACACAGAUGUCUCUAUCCGGGUCAAAUACGUCCUGGAUGAUUUUGAAUCUCAGCAAGCUGUCUACUAUUUCCACCCUCAGUAUCUCAUCAACGUCUCGCGCUACUGGCUUGGUCAAGGGGUGCGUGCCAAGCGGAUUAGCACGGGAUUGAUUCUGGUGACUGCUGCCCUGGAGCUCUGUGAAGAGGUCCAUCUUUUUGGCUUUUGGGCUUUCCCCAUGAACCCCUCAGGGAUUUUUAUAACGCACCAUUACUACGACAAUGUCAAACCUCGCCCUGGCUUCCACGCAAUGCCCUCAGAAAUCUUCAACUUCCUCCACAUGCACAGCAAGGGGAUCCUGCAGGUUCAUACUGGGACUUGCAGCUGCUGUUGAUGAUGAUGAUGAUGGUUUUUCCUCCGAUGUAAAAGCGCAACAGGAACUCAGUGUCUAUGUGCAGUAUAGAAGAGUUUUAUUACAUCCUGAGAUUAUGCAAUAAUUGUUCAAUAUCGAUUUCUCAAAGUAUUGCAUCCCAUAGAAGCUGGAAUUCCAGCAUCCUUCCUGCUAGAUGGGGUAGGAUUAUGUGAUUUGGGUGAAGUGAAACUCAUCCAUCAUAGGAUAUGCACUGCCCUGGAAAUCAGAUCAAGAAGCACAUUUUCAACAGGUUUUAGGGAUAUACAAAGCACAUUAGUGUAGCUAUCAUUUCACUUUUAGGAAAAGCACCAAACGGAACCCAUUCGGUAAAGCGAAUUUUAGCAUAUACUGCAGGGCAUUAGAAAGGUGUUUUGACUCAUAGACAACUGCGGGCAUUGUCGAUUUUUAUUGAAACUGCUAUUCUCUUGCAUUAGGGUUUUAAAAACAAAUUCUUUAAGCAUUAUUGUAGUUGUAAGGGGAGAGGUAUAAGCUGUGGUCUUUAUUGUGUAAUGACUCAUAGCAUCGAUG